AUGGCUGCUUCAUUGAAAACUUUGUUUUUGGUCAUGUUUUGUUUCUUGUCACCACUGGUAGUAACUGGUGACUUGGAUUUUGCUGAUCAGUUGGAGACGUUGAAUGUUCCAAUGUUGCAAUUUCUAGGUUCUAUGAGGUCUAGUAUGGACACUGUCCGGCAAGUAAUCUCCACGAUGUCGAAUUUCAAAGGCAAAUUCAACGAUUUUCAACUCUCUAAUGCCCUUCAUGACUGUGUCAAUCUAUUGGACCUUUCAUUACAUGACUUGAAUUGGAGUCUCUCGGCUUCUCAUAAGAGAGUUGGUAUAUUUGCAGCAUUUUCCAUGUGA